CGGGGUAGCGGGCCCACAAGAGCGGCGCACCGGCAAGAUGGCGGCAGGCCUGCGGAAACGCGGCCGGGAGGGUCCCGCAACCCGGGCGGCAGGACUCUGCGGGCAGUGGCUGCGGCGCGCCUGGCAAGAGCGGCGCCUACUGCUGCUGGAACCGCGCUACACGCUGCUGGUGGCCGCCUGCCUCUGCCUGGCGGAGGUGGGCAUCACCUUCUGGGUCAUUCACAGGGUGGCAUAUACAGAGAUUGACUGGAAAGCCUACAUGGCUGAGGUAGAGGGCGUCAUAAAUGGCACCUAUGACUACACUCAACUGCAAGGUGACACUGGACCUCUUGUGUACCCAGCUGGCUUCGUGUACAUCUUUAUGGGGCUUUACUAUGCCACUGACCGAGGCGCUGACAUCCGCAUGGCCCAGCACAUCUUUGCUGUGCUCUACCUGGCCACUUUGCUGCUUGUCUUCUUGAUUUACCACCAGACCUGCAAGGUACCUCCCUUCGUCUUUUUCUUCAUGUGCUGUGCCUCUUAUCGUGUCCACUCCAUCUUUGUGCUGCGGCUCUUCAAUGAUCCAGUGGCCAUGGUGCUGCUCUUCCUCAGUGUCAACCUCCUGCUGGCCCAGCGCUGGAGCUGGGGCUGCUGCUGUUUCAGCCUGGCAGUCUCUGUGAAGAUGAGUGUGCUGCUCUUCGCCCCUGGAUUACUAUUCCUUCUCCUCACAAAAUUUGGCUUCCGUGGGGCCCUCCCCAAGUUGGGCAUCUGUGCUGUCCUUCAGGUGGUGCUAGGGCUGCCCUUCCUGCUGAAGAACCCCGUCGGCUACCUAUCCCGCUCCUUUGACCUUGGCCGCCAGUUUCUCUUCCGCUGGACAGUGAACUGGCGCUUUCUCCCUGAGGCCCUCUUCCUGCAUCGUGCCUUCCACCUGGCACUGUUGACUGCCCACCUCACCGUGCUCUUGCUCUUUGCGCUCUGCAGGUGGCACAGGACAGGGGAAGGUAUCCUGUCGCUGCUGAAGGAUCCCUCCAAAAGGAAGGUUCCACCCCAGCCCCUCACACCCAACCAGAUUGUUUCUACCCUCUUCACCUCCAACUUCAUUGGCAUCUGCUUCAGCCGCUCCCUUCACUACCAGUUCUACGUUUGGUAUUUCCACACACUGCCCUACCUCCUGUGGGCCAUGCCUGCCCGCUGGCUCACUCACCUGCUCAGGUUGCUGGUGCUGGGGCUCAUCGAGCUCUCCUGGAACACAUACCCAUCCACGUCUUGCAGCUCUGCUGCCCUGCAUGCAUGCCAUGCAGUCAUCCUGCUGCAGCUCUGGCUGGGCCCCCAGCCCUUCCCCAAGACCAUCCCGCACAGCAAGAAAGCCCACUGAGACCCAGCUGUUCUCUUCCAGUCCAUUCUCGGGACCCCGGAUGGGGAUGGACUCUGCCCUUCCCAAUAAACCAAGUCUCCUCUGCAGCCUCCGUGGAGGUGCCUGGACCGAGCUGUGAGGGACAGGCACGUGGCAGAUAAAGAACUCAUUAAGACAG